AUGCCUCCCACUACGCUCUCGAAAGACUCGAGCAUUGCUAUUGUCGGAGCUGGUGUGUUUGGAUUGUCCACAUCCCUACACCUCGCCGCCGCGGGAUACAAGAACGUUACUGUCUUCGAUUACCAACCGUAUGAGCAAAAUGCCUAUUCAACCACGGACGGCGCCGAUGCCGCCUCCGCCGAUCUCAACAAGGUCAUGCGCCUGAGCUACGGCGAGGAGGUCCUGUACCAGCGCCUCGCUUUCGAGGCUCUGCCGAUCUGGGAGGCGUGGAAUCGAGAGCUGGCCGCGACGCCGACGCACAAGUUGCCCAAAGGCUUGAAGCAAGGGGACAAGAUCUGGAACAAUUGCGGUUUUCUGCGGCUCAGUGCGGAUGGGAAACUGUCGGAGCACGAGAAGUCGACGCUUGCGAAUCUGACCGCCGAUGGGCUGCGAGACACGCAGUAUAUUAUUGGUGAUCCCCGGGACGAGGCGAGAGCGAAAGCAAACGGUUGGCACCGGAAGUUUGAUGCGCUGAAGCGGAAAGAACGCGGGCAGAACCUAGUCGGCGUGCUUGAUACCACUGCUGGCUUUGUGGAGGCCAGCAAGGCGUGUCUAUGGACGUUGUACCUCGCCCGCAAGGCCGGCGUCAAGUUUGUGCUGGGGAAUGAGGUAGGCAGGGUUGAUUGCUUUCUCAAGGAGAGAGGGCGUACGGUGGGUAUAAAGACUGCAGACGGGCUCGAACAUAAAGCCGACCUUGUAAUCCUUGCCGCUGGAGGCUGGACUCCCUCUUUGUUUCCACCCGUGGCGCCGCUCCUGGAAACCACUGCUGGCAGCGUCAUCUACAUACAACUCCCACCGCAGCAUGAGCGUCCCGAUCUAUGGGAGCGGUUCAGCAGCGAGAAGUUCCCCGUUUACGCGUGGGGCGGAUGGUCCAAGGGUUCCGGGAUCGGGGGAUUCCCGCGCACCGAAACUGGGAUCAUGAAGAUCGGAUUCCGUGGGAAGAAAUACACGAAUUAUGCGACGAUCGAGCGAGACGGACAGAGGCAUCGACUCAGCGUGCCCAAGACGAGGUAUACCCCGGAGACCGAGACGCGGAUUACGAAGGAGGCGGUCGACACAUUGAAAGCAUUCAUCAAAGAGAACCUGCCUGAACUCACAGCAUUCGGGAUCUCAGGUUGUAGAAACUGCUGGUAUACCGAUAGUCUAGACAACAGCUUCCUGAUCGACCGGGUGCCUUCAGAUCCCGGCCUCAUGAUCUGUUCAGGCGGCUCUGGGCACGGUUUCAAAUUCCUCCCUAUUCUUGGCCGCGAGGUGCUAGCAAUCAUCGAAAACCCCAAUAACAAAAACGCGUACGGCCGCCUGUGGCAGUGGCGCACGAAAGACAGCGGGCCUAAAAAUGGCUUGGAGGAUGGAGAGGCGGGCCCACGGGUCUUGAAUAAACAGGUUAUGACGACGGCUAAGGAUUUUAAAUUUUCUGAAAUAGAGAAAGCACGUCUUUAG